AUGUCUGCAUCCGAAGAUCUCGCACAAUGGAUGUCACAGUUUCAGAGUGAACUCGAUGAACCAUCGUAUCAAAUAAUUUAUGGAAAACUUACAGACAAUCAUUUCAAAACAAGAACUCAACUCAAGUUAAUUUUUGCGAAAGAAGUCGAUAUCAUGUUCAGUGCUGGGGAGCUACCUUUGGGUGCACAAGCGCUAUUGCUUUACCAGUUGGAUAAGCUAAGAAAUGCCGAGUCGCCUCUUCCUUUGCGUCGGAAACGGACAAGAAUAAAUGAAAGCAAAAAUUCAAAAGGUAUUGAUGGAUUUGAUGAGUGCGACGCCGAUGAAGAAAAUUCACUACAGCCACCGACCCAUACCCCGACUGCAUGCAAAGUAAGUUUGAAAAAUUAUACUCUUUCUAAAAUAGACGUUUAUCAGUUUACCUUGUAAUAUGUGGUACGAUGACAAAAUAUUUUAUUGAUUUUACGCCGUUAUAUGCACGUCAGAAAAGUGAUAAUACAUGUGACGCGAUUUUCGUGAAGCAUGAAUAGUUUCAUGCUGUUUUGGCAUUUUGCAAAGCGACAAAAAAUGACAUUUCUGUAUUCUUACAUUUAGGCAGUUUUACCAGCUUUUGAUGAGCAAGUGAAUAAGUUAAAAGAGCAACUAAAUAGAGAGAGGGAUGAGCACAGAGAAAUUGAAAUAACAAUAGAAUCUAUAUGA